AUGUCGCCUAGUAGUGGGCCUGCGAAACCAAAACGGCCGGCGUCGCCGGUUAGUCUGUAUUCGCAUUACUCGUACUAUCCGCUCGACAGCCCUAUUCCUUCGCCUACAUCCCCAAACGCUCCGAGCAACGCGCCUUCCACGACCCAUCUCAGCCCCGACUACGUCCCCUCGCAAUCCAGUAAAUCACCACCCACACCUGCUCCCGAGCCUGCUCCAUCAUCAUCAGCCCAGCGGCCGAACUUGGAUAACCCAACGACGGCGGAAGACUUCCUGCAGCUGGGCAUCAACCACCACGAAGCGAACCGACUGACCGAGUCGGCGGUGUGCUUCGAGAAGAGUGCGACAAUCGACGGCGGAUGCGGCGUGGGCAUGCUCAUGUGGGGACUCGCGCAGCGCCACGGAUGGGGCUGCCCCCAAAGCGAGAGCGCAGGGUUCCGCUGGCUGAGGCGCGCAGCAGAAGUCGCGGUGGAGGACCUUGAGAGAGCUAGGGCCGGCCAGGAUUCUGGAGCGGUGAAGAGCGAGCUCGUCCUCGCUAUAUACGAGGUCGGCCAGAGCUUCUUCCGUGGGUGGGGCGUGGAGAAAGACAAGAAGAUGGCAGUGAGUUACUUCCGCGUUGCCGCGCGACUAGGGGACCCGGAUGCUCAGCAAGAUCUGGCCUUCUGUCUCGCAAACGGCAAGGGCUGCAAGAAGGACAAGAUAGAGGCGGCUAAGUGGUAUAGAGCGGCGGUUGCACAGGGUGUUAGCGACGUCGGACUGGCGUGGAUUUACAAAGAUAAAUAUCAGUAG